GACAUCGAUGAUGUCGGGCAUAAGUACUACCUGGAACUGGUGUUAGAAGACGUCCUUGACAAAGACAGUACUGUUAACUGCACUGCUGAGGUUCUUUAUCAUCUGGGCAACAAAAACAUUGCUCCAGAUGUGCAAUUCACACUUGAAGGAGAACUUAAGAACACAGCUGAAGCAGAUAACACAUUCUACAAUCGAAUCAAGAGCCUGGAAAAAGAGCUAAUGGCAGAAAACAUACCAGACAGCCAUGGCAACGUGUCCCCAGAAAUGGAGCCCAUCCGACUGCUAGCUUGGGUCGCCUCUGGCUAUGUGAUAUGGCAGAACUCAACUGAAAACACUCAUUUUCAACUUGCCCAAAUUAAGCGUGUGAAGCAAGUGAAAAGAAGUGAUGAAUAUCUUGCAUUUGACUAUAUGAUUCUACUUCAUGAAAUGGUGUCCCAGGAGAUCAUUCCCUGGCAAGUGACAGUUCUCUGGCACCCACAGCAUGGUGUUCAAGUAACACAGGAGAGCCGCCAGCCAAAACAUGCACUGGAGUAA